AUGGCCGGAGUGUAUCAGGGCCAUGUCAUCAAGUCUCCAGCACAAGAGCGCUUUGCCGUGGUGACCACGCUUGGUGGCUACGCGUCACCUACCAUGGGUGUGGUGGGACAACAAGGUUCGCUGGGCCUGGCAGACGUACGUACGUCGAGCCUGGCCGAGCUUGGCCGCCUGCCUUCAGGUGGCUUUACACCGCUGUCCGCCGGCCUGAGCUGUGAUGGCGUCUACUUGGCUGUGGGCACGGAGCAGAAGAACCGCGCCGAUGCCCCCGUGUACCUAUUUGAUGUGCGCCGCCCAGGCGAACCCGUGUGGACCUUUGGCGACAUGCACAAUGAUGAUGUCUGUCACAUUCAAUUUGCCCAUGCCAACCCAAACCGCUUCAUGAGCAGCUCCACCGAUGGCCUUGUCAACGUUGUGGACCUCGAACACCAGCCUCCGCCCGUACCGGGGCUUGAGCCUGACCCUGAUACGGCCGGUCCCGAGGACUGGAUUGUGCAUUCUCUUAACACAGCCAGUAGUGUUUCUCGGUCCCGGUACUUUGGCCCCGAUGAUAGCUAUGGUGCUGCCCUGACGCAUGAUCAAGACGUUCACAUCUUCCAUGCCCUUGCCGUGCCAGAGGAGGCCGAUGAACAGAUCAUGACCUUUUCUGAUGCGCGUCAUCUCAUCGAGGCUCAAACGGGUUAUCACACUGACUAUCUAGUGGACAUGUUCUACGACCCAGCUCCCAUGCAACUCUACCUAUUGGCCGGCCAAACUGGUGGCCCCGCACAACUCCUUCACAUGUCUUCAGUACGCAAUGCUUUGCCCUACAAUGCAUCAUCAACCACCUACAAACGCCCCAUCCACGCCUCGAUCUCAAGGAUGCUCACAUUAUGCUUGCUUGUCCUCACUGCCACACAGUCGCAAUUCACCGAGGUGGCCCGCCUGGACGACCCGACUUAUGACACACUUUACUCAAUGGCUUACUCGCCCGCGACGCGCGUUUUGGCCGCAGGUGACCAGGGCUCGCAUGUCAUGGUCUGGCAACUGGCCUCGGCAUAG